GAAGCGAGCGGGCGUCAGUCGUCAGUCUUGAGUGGAGAGCGAGAGCGGUUAGCCAGGUCGAAAGCGUGUCCAGCCCGAGUCGAUCGGGGGGAUCGGUGCGGCCGAGAGCUCGAAUCGUGUGUCCAGGGUGCAGAGCGCGCGAGUUGUGGGCCUGGCGGAGCGCGCGGCCGAGUCGCUGGAGGCGCAGCAAGAGAGGAUGAGGAGGGCCGGCGAGGCCCUCAGCGAGGGUGGCACGGCCCUCUGCCGCAGACUCACCCUCACGGUCGCCGUGCUGCUGCUGCUCUCCGGCAGGGCCUUCGCAGACUGGGGCUACGAGGAGAUCGAGUACACCAUGGCCGUCCUCAACGCCUCCUAUCCAGGUUCGGUGGAGAAGCCGGCCGAGUUGGGCAAGUUCAGCGAGGGCCACAUUGCCGCGACGACGGGCGUGUUGGUGCACGUGCAGAGCGGCAACAACACGAGCGGCGCCGACCACGCGUGCCAGCUGCCGCUGCGGGCCUCCACGGCCAACGGCCAGCUUCCGCAGGAGCCGUGGAUCGCGCUCAUCCGACGCGGACAGUGCUCCUACGACCAGAAGGUGGACAACGCCUUCAAGAGCAAUGCCUCCGCCGUGCUCAUCUUCAACGACCGAGAGUCGCCGGUCCUGCAGAAGAUGCGCGUUUCAACUCACAGAGACAUCAGCGCCGUGUUCACGUACCUGUGGAAGGGCGAGUCGCUGGCGCAGAGGGUGGACAACGGCACCAGGGUGAUGCUCAGCAUCGGCGUCGGCAGCUUCUGCAGCCGCCCUUACAGCAGCAUCAACCGCCACCCGGCGCACAUCCUGCCCACCUUAUGCGACGCUCGCAAGUCGAGCGCAAAUUGCUACAUUCUCGUGACGUCGGUGUUGUUCGUGUCGAUCUCGUUCAUCGUGCUGAUGAUCAUUUCGUUGACCUGGCUCGUCUUCUACUACGUGCAGCGCUUCAGGUACAUCCACGCCAAGGACCGACUGGCGCGGCGAUUGUGCAGCGCAGCCAAGAAGGCGCUGUCCAAGAUCCCAACGAAGAACAUCCACUCAGAAGACAAAGAGAUCGAGGGUGAAGGCGAGUGCUGUGCCAUCUGCAUCGAGCCUUACAAAGUGUCCGACGUGAUCCGGAUUCUUCCGUGCAGACACGAGUUCCACAAGCCGUGCAUCGACCCGUGGCUGCUCGAGCACCGCACGUGCCCCAUGUGCAAGAUGGACAUCCUCAAGUUCUACGGAUACAAUUUCACGGGCAGCCAAGAGAGCAUUCUGCAGAUCGAGGUGGAGGAGCCGACGCGAGCGGAGGCGGCUGCCGCCUCCGCGUCGGCGACGGCGGGGGCGGAGAGCGGCGCAGGGGCGUCCGGGGGCGGGCGGCAGGCGCGCGGCAGCGUCGGCACGGUGACCAUCGACCCGCAGUCGGCGGCGUGCCUCGACAGGGCGGAGCUCGUCGACGAGCAGCCUACCAGCAGCUCGGCCCUGCCGCCUCACCCUGACGCGGAGCACACCAAAGGCGAGACGAGCAAGGUGGUGGCGGAGGAGAGCGAGCGGGUGGCCCCUGAGCAGCAGCAGCAGCAGCAGCAGGUGGAGGAGACGCUGGUGGUGCCGUUCGCCAGCACCGCGGCGCAGAUCGACGAGCAGAGCAGCAAAGCGAGCAAGGCAGAGCAGCCCAACGAGUGAGGAGCAAAAAAAAAGAGCAUUCCGACCCUCCGCCGCCACGACCUCUUUUUUAGUUUGCUUGCAGGUCUCUAGUUUCGCUCUUUUUACCUUGAUUUACGAAGAUUAUACGUGCAACACUCAAAUUGAUUUUACCGCGUCGAAAUGAAAAUUCGGUUUCUCAUCGCUGCAAGACUGAACGAAAGUAGUUUUUUGUUUGUGCAACCGCCGCACGGCUGCUCAUCCGUGCUGAUUUUGUGAGAUAUAAUUAUGAGAAAGAGACUCGAGAAUAAAUAAGUGAUAUCUACGUAUGUACGGUUAAAAAACAGAAAAAAUUAAUUAAUAAAUAAAUAAAUGAUGUAAUUUUUACUCAACUCACCGAACAAUAUUUGUAGCCGGAAAGUGUAACACGACCCCACUCUGGAUUUGAAUCAAACCGCAACCGCCCGCCAGUUCGUUGUUUGAAAAUAAAAAAGCUAUUUUUAAGAAUACACGAGACACACGUGUGCGAGAGUAAAUGGUCUUCUUAUAUAUGCGAUAUGGAAUUGAUGGAAAACGAUGAAGACUAGUCAGCAGCAUCUAAUAUUAUGUAAUAAUGUUUUGUGUAAUCUCUCGCGUUAUUCAAAUUGACUCAAAAUUGUUCCGCCUAUUAUUUGUAGCUACUAAACACGUGAAAAUAAACGAAAGCUAUGGAUCAAAAUUGUA